AUGUUACUAACCAUUGAGCAAUCAUUAGCCCUUGCACAGCCUUUCCAACACAUCGAAGAGCCACAGAAAGGACAGCUAUGGGAGCUCUGGAAUAGAGAGUUCGCAAGAUACCAAAUGGCUUUGAGGUUACAGGGGAAACCUCAGAAACACCAGGUCCAUAUGCUUUUAUAUGUCCUGGGAGCCAUAGCUGAUGAUGCCUUUGCGUGGCAAGGAAAUGAGGAAGCCCCAGGGUCAUACAACAAGGUGACGAAGGCCUUUGUGAAAUACUUCAGCCCCAAAAAGAAUUUGGCUAUAGAAAAAGCAAAAUUCAAUCAGAAAAUCCAAAGUCCAGGGGAAUCCAUUGAUUAUUUCAUUAAUAAUUAUAUUGGACUAGGAGAGGUGGCUGCUGCGGAUAGCGUUCCAGUUUGCCAGUUGUCAGAUGCUGUCACCAAUGAACAUGUGGGUGAAAGUGACGAGAAUGUGGAGCGAGGCAACUGGUCCUUGAAUACUGACUACUUGCUCUCAAUGAUCGGUUAUACAGUGGGUUUUGGCAAUGUCUGGAGAUUCCCUUACCUGGCUUACAGAAAUGGAGGAGGUUCAUUUCUUAUUCCCUACACAGUCAUGCUGGCACUCGUUGGAAUUCCAAUGUUUUUCUUGGAAUGUUCCUUUGGACAGUUUGCCAGCCUUGGACCUGUUGCAGUGUGGAAAGCUGUGCCAGUGUUACAAGGAGUGGGGAUAGCUAUGGUCCUUGUGAUGACAUUUGCCAACAUUUCCUACCCAUGCACCAUCGCCUACAGCCUGUACUAUUUGUCCGCUUCGCUCCAAUGGACCCUGCCGUGGGCAGACUGCUUCAGUUGGUGGGGUGCAGAUGAAACAUGCAGCAGGACUCCCAAAGAUCCACUCUGCAAUCUCACUCUGGAUGAUGGGUAUUUUGAAAUCGUUAAUACAACAUGGCUGCAUGCAAACAAUGAAACUUGUCCAAAUGGAUCAGAAAUCAACAUUUCUCACCAGGGUCCAAGUGAGCAAUACUGGGAUAAAGUGGUUUUACGCCGUACCAGUUCAAUCUAUGAGCCUGGGGAGAUAGUCUGGUAUUUAGCCCUCUGUCUGCUUCUGGCACGGCUGAUGGCCGGGGCUGCGAUAUCGAAAGGAGUCAAAUCUUCAGGAAAGGUGGUUUAUUUCACUGCGACAUUCCCUUAUGUGGUUCUGACCAUACUCCUGAUCCGAGGUGUUACCCUGGAGGGAGCCGAUAAAGGAAUUCAAUUCUACAUUGGAAGCCAUUCAGACUUCUCCAAACUGGCUGACACUGAGGUCUGGAAAGAUGCUGCAAUACAAAUUUUCUUUUCUAUCUCAGUGGGUUGGGGCAGUUUAAUAACUCUGUCAUCCUACAACAAAUUUCACAACAACUGUUACCGAGAUAGCAUCAUUAUCUGUGUUGUUAAUUGUGCUACGAGUGUGUUUGCUGGAUUUGCCAUCUUCUCAACCCUUGGACACAUGGCUCAUGUACAAGACAGGCCUGUUUCAGAGGUUGCACAAUCAGGUUUUGGUUUGGUUUUCAUCGCCUACCCAGAAGCUCUUACACAGUUGCCCUGGGCACCUUUCUGGUCUGUUUUAUUUUUCCUCAUGAUGAUCACUCUGGGGCUCGACACUCACUUUGGAGGUUUAGAAACAAUUUUCACAGCUCUGCUGGACCAGUUCCCUAAGUUUCUACCAUCAAGGCGUCUUUACCUGAUAACUGGUGUUAGUUUGUUAUUUUAUUUCCUCAGCCUUCUAUUUGUAACACAGGCUGGGAUUUACUGGUUAAAUUUAGUGGAUCAUUUCUGUGCUGGAUGGGUUCUCAUUAUAAUAGCUCUGUUGGAGCUCAUUGGUCUAAGCUGGAUCUAUGGGGUAAACAGAUUCAUCAAGGAUAUUGAGAUGAUGAUUGGGGAAAGGAAUUGGCUCUUCUGGCUGUGGUGGAGAGCGUGUUGGAUUUUUAUCUCUCCGUGUUUGCUGGCAACACUCUUAAUCUGGUCAUUAGCAACAUUCACCCCACCAACAUAUGGGUCUGUUGAGUACCCUGUCUGGGCAACAGCACUUGGCUGGUGUAUGAUAAUCUUCUGCAUUAUGUGGAUCCCCAUUAUUGCCAUUGUGAGAGUUGUUCAAGCUGAGGGCUCUACCUUGUGCCAGAAAAUUUCUGCCACUUGCACAUCAGCUCCUGAUUGGGGUCCGUACUUGGAACAACACAGAGGGGAAAGAUACAGACACAGGUCUGAUCCCACAGAAGACCCUAACGAAAGAGAUACAGAAAAUCUCCAGAAAUACGAGGCGACCAAGGGAGUUGCGAAACUGCAGAACUAA